CCCAGUAAUAUCUACCUGUCUACGUGACUACCUUACUUGCCUCACUGCGUGACGGGUGUUUUCCGCUUUGGCCUUCGCCAGCCUCAUCUCUUUUCUUUCAGGUCCUCAACAUCGACAUGCUCCCAAAGUGCACUACACAAAAACGAAUCCAAAUUUCUCAUUUGUUGCAUCGAGCCACGUACCUCUUGUUUCCUCUGAAACCCGCCUUGUACUUCCCCUCCAUCAAAAAUUGCCUUGAAUUCCAUCUUCCUUUCCACUAGACCUGCUUUUCCAUUCUGUGUUUCGUUCUACUAAGGUUUAGCCUUGGCUUGACUUGAUUUGACUUGACCGACGCCUGCCUGGUCAGUAUGCCGUUUCCACAUGAAGCGACUUGCUUAACCCACACCGGCUGACCACCUCAGUCGAACAGACCUACCUACCAUCAGGCACCCCAGUCAACAUGGCCAACAACAGGGUCGCGCAGGCCUUAGCGGCCUUAGCCCAGCGUAAGGCCGGCCGCAAUGUUUGCCGAAUCAAUAUUCGAAGCCUGAGCAAGGUCGAAGACCUCAAGACCUGGCGUGAGGACCUCAUCCGAGUGCUGGAGAUAUUUGACCUUGCCAAGUACAUCGAGAGCGAUGUCCGAGAGCCUGAGGAUUUCAAUGCCCGUCUUCAGUUCUUCAUCGACCGCCGCUAUGCAGAGGAUUACAUCCGCGCCACCGUCUCUGACCAAAAAGUCUGGAAUGCCUUGCGCAAGCUUGGUUGGUCCCACGAGGAUAAGAAUCCCAAGAAAACAUUCGACUUUGUCGUUCAGUACUUUGAACAACUUGAAGACCGGACCAAGAACGCCAAUAUCCCAGUCAAUACAGCCGUAGGUCCUGCGCCUGAGGAACUCUCUGCCAUCACGACUGGCCUCAAGGGCGUGGAACAGGCUGUGGAAGAUCAAGGCAUCAAGCUGGAUAGUAUAGUCUCUGCCACCACUAAUGGGCUCAAGGGCGUGGAGCAGGCUGUGCAAGGCCUAGGUAUCAAGCUGGAUCGUAUAGCGCAGUUGCUGGAACGCCAGGAAGCUGACUGGAGCGACAUCGGCGCUAAUGUCCCGAAUGAGGUUCGAGACAGCAACGGCGACCUCGUUACCUGCAAUUUUAUCGACUGGCCCAUGGAUGACGUCUCGAUUUCGGGAUUGGAGCAGGCCGUGAGAAACCUAAUCAUCAAGCUGGACACCCUAAAGGAGCAGUUGGUGGAGAGGGCCGCACCCGACGAAAGCGACUCCCAGGCUGUGGAAGAAUUCAAAGGAGUAAACAUGGAGCUGGAUCGUGUGGUGCAGCAGUUGCUGGAGAUCCUGCGAGCUGACCGACAUCAACGCUUGGGGGGGAAGGCGGCGGUCAUGUCAAGUACCUGGCUGAGCAGUUGGACGUCUAGAUGAGGUGGCCUGGGAGACUUUUGACCUUUGACAUCCUGUGAUGGAC